UCUCCCCCCUCUGGCGUCCUCCUCUCCCGGCGGCGGCGGCUCCGCGCCCCUUCCCCCUCCGGUGAUCUAGCGACAGCGGCGACGAAUCCAGCGCGCCCGGCGGCGGAUCCGCACGGAUCCAGCGCUCGGCGGCGGCAGGGGCGCACGGGGCACUUUCUGAAAGAAGAAAGUUUGCUUUAGCACUCACAGUGCAGAUGUUUGGCCGGUCCCAGUGUAGAGUGAGAAGAAGCACGACAGCCAGCCAGACAGAGAGGAGGCGUGUCAUCUGCGGGAAAUUUUGGUGGCGUUCUCGGGCUUGUUCCUCGCUCCCUUGCCCGCCGCCCCACCCACCCGCUGCCUAGAUCCCGCCCGUCUCCCCCCCAAUCCCCCAUCCCCGCAGGCGCAAGGUGGAAGCCUGAAUCGAACCCUAGCCCGGCGACGGAGGAGGAGGAGGAGCGGCUCCGACUCGGAGGCGGGAUCGUGCGGUCUGAUUUUGCAUGAAGAUUUGUUUUGUUAGCCCUAUUUCCUGCUGGUUCGGUGCAACUGGUUUGAAUUAGAUUCUGUUCUUGCUAUGCUUCGAUAAUCAUAAAAAUGGAUAGUUCAAGCAAAAGCUUCCAGUCUUCAAGCAAACCUGUCAGUGAUAGGAAGUAUCAGGGUGCAUUGGUUGCUUCUCCAACUAAAAUCAUUUCACCCAAGACAGUCAAGCAUAUUGUGCCAGCAAAACAUUUAAUCUUGAGUGGGGAGACUACAAGUCAUUUGGCAUCCUUUUUGGUAAAUGUUGUUGCCCUGGAAGUAGUACGAAGAUUCUCAAAAGCAAGAUGUCCUUUUAUAUGGAAUUCUAUUCAAGCAUUGCAAGUUCUUGGAUACCCUCCAUUUAGGUGGAUUCAACAGUGGGCGCCACUCAAAUUUAUUGUGCAAGGCAUUCAGAAAUUAUCUACGCCACUGCUGUUUCUUUCUGUCACAACAACAUUAUGUGAUCGGUCCUCUAAGCGCAAUGAUGAAUUGGGUAGCAAUACAGAAGCUCCUGAUCGACCUUCUGAAUCAGAUGAAACGGCGUCAACUUCUGGUACAAGGGAUGUUGCUGAUGGCACAAAGGAUACCGUGCCAGAGAACUGGCUCAUAUUACUGUUACGGGAGCUUGAGAAACAAGACAUCACUUUGCCGGAAAGGUUCAGUGAGGAUGAACUACGGAGAUUUUAUGUUGCAGCCAAUGGUGACUUUUCAAGCUUGCUCUCUUCUGUUAAGAAGACAAUUCGUUGGAGGGAAACCUUCCACAUACUUACAUUGCAAGACCUCGAGAAGUGGUCCCAUUUAGUUUUUUGGCAUGGAUUCGACACUAUGCAUCGACCCUGUUUAGUAGUUCGUCUUGGCCUUGCUUGCUCUAGUCUACCCCCUUCUGAUAGACCUCGGUUUGGGCAAGCAGUAGUUUCUCAAAUCGACAAUGGUAUUGUACACUUGACCAAUGAAGAAGAUCCGCGAAUAACUGUUUUGCUGGACUGUCAUGGGAUUUCUCCAUUCAGAUUUCCAAUGCAAAUGAUGAGGUCAUUUAUCACUAUAGUUCAAGAAAACUAUCCAAAUCGUCUUGGGGUACUAUUUAUUGUGCGUCUUCCUCCUGUUGUCAGAGUUAUUGCACAGACUCUUAUUCAGGUUCUGAAACCAUCCACAAAGCAGAAGUUGCGUUUUGAGGGGGAAUCAUAUAAGAGGACAUUAGCUGAGUUCUUGCAGAUCGUGCCAACUAUUCUUGGUGGCAAAUGUAGCUGCUCACACUGUAAGAAGCCGCUAGAUAUUUCAGUAAUGCAGGCAGGGGAGGGCAGCAAGAGCCAACCUCGCGAAAUUACCAUUGAAAAUGGAUCACCUGUCGCAAGCAUGGACUUUGAUGAGGUGGAGCUUCCAUCCACUUAUAACUGCGAGAAUGUCAUAAGGGCUGCUAUCAUUAGUGUUCUGAUGCUGUGGGUCUUCAUUGCAUUUGUAGCUGGGAUGAAUGACCCAGAGUCCGUCUCAUCCCAUGCCUUCUAAAGAGCAUUGCAUUUUGGGCCAUAUCAAUCAGGAUUCACAGAAAUACCAGCCCUGUGAAAGUAGCUGGAAGACUCAGUCGUGCGACAUUGGCACAUGUGGUUGCUAGAGGCGUUUUUAAGGCAGACUUUCGUUGUUUGUACUAUAUGCACCACGGUCGGCUCACCAGGAGGUUAAAUUGAGGUGUGCGGUUCAGUAUUGCCUCGAGACAUAUUCACACUUAGAACAAGACAAUUCCUUUUUUGGGGUCAGCUUAGUAUAUGUUAGUAAUUAGUUAAUAAGUUUGCCCACUUGUCAAAUUGUCAUGGAUGCUUAGCUAGCACCUACAAGGAAACUGUUUAAACCUAUACUGCUCGAUUAAUCGACAUAUGAAAUAAUGUGUGUUAAUGGUUUACAGCAA